GAAGAUCAGAUCAGAUCAGAUUUUGCUUCCCAGCUCCACCCACCGAGAGUCGGAGCGUGAUCAAGCAAAGACCUAGGCUGCGAGGCGACAAACGCCACGACCCGGCCGCGUGCGGCGUGCCGGUCCGGCGGACGAGCGUGGCGCGCGGGAAGCCCUCCCCCUCGUCGUCCUAUAGAAGUAGUUCUUUCGCCUUUUUAUAAUCGGUCACUCCCGCCCCCCCCAGUUCCGCCGCGCGUCCCCGCUUGCCGCUGGCUGCUGAGCCGCCGCCGUCAGACUCCGAACCCAGGUUAAUAGGCCCGCCGCCGCCAGACUCCCCGCUUGCCGCUGAGCCGCCGCCGCCGUCAGACCCCAAGCCCAGGUUACUAGGCCCGCCGCCGCGCGCGGGGGCGGGCUAUGGACCAGUCCACGGCCAAGGCGGCCGCGGCGUCCAAUAACGCGGACCACGUCCUCGUCAUCCCGCCCGGCCACCCGCCGCCACUGCACCCGAGAAAUAACCAGCAGCCGGAGACUCCCAAACUCUCUCAGAACCCCGAGAAGCCGCUGCCAACCUCCAGCCCCUCGCGCCCGCCGCUGCCCCCCGCGGCCCUCCGCCGCCGCUCCUCCAUCGCCAAGCCCAAGUCGCGCUUCGUCGAGCCGCCCACCCCGACGCACCCGCACUCCGCCCACCCCUCCCCAGUCCACCCCGCCGCCGCCGCCUCGCUGACCGCCACCCCGACCCAUCGCGCCGCGGGCGGCUCCACCCCUGCUGCAGAGGUCGACGACGACGAGGACCUCUUCCGCAACAAGGACGGCUCCCGCGCGCCGGCCUCCGCGGCGCGCUGCCGCCGCCGGGCCCGCCUUGGCGUGGAGCUCUGCGUGCUCGUCCUCUUCCUCGGCCUGCUCCUCGUCAGUCUCGUGGUGGCGCCCCUACAGGGCCGCGUCCUGUGGGGGCUGGAGGUCUGGAAGUGGUGCGUCAUGGUCAUCACCGUCUUCUCAGGCCACCUCCUCAGCCAGUGGCUCGUCACGCUUAUCGUCUUCGUUAUCGAGCGCAACUUCCUGCUGCGCACCAAGGUGCUCUACUUCGUCUUCGGGCUCAAGAAGAGCUUCCAGGUCUGCCUCUGGCUCGCGCUCGUGCUCAUCGCCUGGUCCCAGCUCUUCGACAGCGAGGUCGGCCGCUCCCGUAAGACCGCCAGGAUCCUCAACUACGUCUCCAGGUUCCUCGCCUCCAUGCUCAUCGGCUCCGUCAUCUGGCUCGUCAAGACCUUCCUCAUGAAGGUGGUCGCGUCCACGUUCCACCGGAAGGCCUUCUUCGAUCGGAUCCAAGAGAGCGUGUUCCAUCAGUACGUGCUGCAGACGCUGUCAGGCCCGCCGUUGAUGGAGCUGGCGGAGAAUGUGGGGCGCGAGGGCAGUGGCCUUGGGCGGGUCAGCAUCAGCAGAGCCAAGGAGGAGAAAGGCGUGCCAGAGGUGAUCGAUGUUGUUAAGCUCAGGAGGAUGAGUCAGGAGAAGGUCUCAGCAUGGACGAUGAGAGGGCUCAUCACAACAAUCCGAAGUUCUAGGCUGUCAACUAUAUCUAAUACUAUCGAGAGCAGCUUUGAUGAUGUAGAUGGCAUUGAACAGAAGGAUAAAGAGAUAAAUAGUAAAUGGGAGGCCGAGGAUGCGGCAUAUGCCAUAUUCAAAAAUGUCGCAAGGCCCGGCUAUAAGCACAUUGAAGAGGUGGAUCUGCUGAGGUUUUUCACCAAGGAGGAGGUGGACCUGCUGAUUCCAACUUUUGAGGGAGCACCAGAAACCGGAAAGAUCAAAAAAUCUGCUCUAAAGAAUUGGGUGGUGAAAGCAUACCUCGAUCGCAAGUCACUAGCACAUUCUCUGAAUGACACAAAAACCGCAGUUAUGCAGCUUCACAACCUCGUCAGCGUUAUUGUCAUAAUCAUAUCCAUCAUUGUUACGCUACUGUUGAUGGGCAUUGCGACAACCAAGGUCCUUGUUGUCGUCUCGUCCCAGCUUCUGGUUGUGGUAUUCAUAUUUGGGAAUGCAUGCAAGACUGUAUUUGAGGCCCUCAUAUUUGUGUUCAUCAUGCAUCCAUUCGAUGUUGGUGACCGAUGUGUAAUCGACGGAACACAGAUGACUGUUGAGGAAAUGAAUAUAUUAACAACUGUUUUCUUGGAGAAUGACAACGAAAAGAUAUACUAUCCAAAUUCUGUGUUGUCCACAAAGGCAAUCAGCAACUUCUACCGAAGCCCUAACAUGUUUGACACGAUUGAUUUUGCAAUUGAUAUUUCAACUUCAGUUGAGAGCAUUGGAGCUUUGAGGUCCAAAAUUAAAGGGUACUUGGAGAGCAAACCAACGCAUUGGCACCCUGUCCACACAGUAAAUCUGAAGGACAUCUUGGAUGUGAACAAGAUCAACAUGUCCCUCUGUGUCCAGCACACCAUGAACUUCCAAAACAUCCGGGAGAAGAACAUCAGGAGGUCUGAGCUCGUUAUGGAGUUGAAGAAAAUAUUCGAGGAGAUGUCCAUCCGGUACCACCUGUUGCCCCAGAAAGUCGAACUCACCUAUGUAAGCUCGAACCCGCUGCCCACCCAUACAAGAUAGAAGAUGGGUGAAGACUUGAAGUGUUAUACUAACAACUUUAUCAUUUCAUGGGAUCUGACAGCUGAUCGCUAGUUGUGCAGUCUGUUCUGAGAUCUGAGGUUCUUAAAACUUUGCAUAGUAGAUAUUGACUCGUAUAUUAAUUUGCCAGAUAAUGGAUUUGUAAGAGAUGAUGGUACUAAUGAUCAAUGCUUUGGGAUUGGGUAUAAAAACCAUUUGGUUAUCUA